AUGUCUCACAGCAAACGCAAUACCUCCCUGGCAUUCUUCACCUCGCACGAGCGCUCCCUCCUAAAGACAACAUGGGGGUCCCAAUCCACGCGUCUGACCCGCGACUCCUUCCUCCCCUUCGCCUCCUGCCAACUUUGUCUUCAGCCCUCUGUCUCGCCAGUCGCGUGCGCUACCAACGGCGAGAUAUUCUGCCGGGAAUGCGCCGUAAGCAAUCUUUUGGCGCAGAAAAAGGAAAUCAAGAGACUUGAACGGGAGGGCGCAAAGGAGAAGGAAGAAGCGGAGGAGGAGCGGCUUGGAGAAGAGGAGGAAAGGAAGCGGAGGGAGGUGGAGAGGUUUGAGGAGACGAUGAGGGGCGAGGACGGGAGAGGCGUGAAGAGGAAGGGCUCACCUGGCGCGGAGGGUGGGGAGGGCAAGGCGGGCAAAGUGAGGCGGAUAUCGCGUUGGGAUGAAGAAGAGAAGUCAGAGCUGCCGUCCUUCUGGGUGCCGUCGCUCACGCCCGCGACGAAGAAAGAUCGAUCAGCGACGGCAGGGCUGAAGCUACAGCCAUUGUGUCCCGCCUCGACGCCGGAGAACAAACAUAAUAUCUCCCUGAAAACGCUCGUCAAAGUGAAUUUUACCUACUCGAGGGCGAAGGGUGAUGGGGGCGCCGAGAGGCCGAUCUGUCCAGCGUGCGUGAAGGCGUUGAGCAAUACCGGGAAGGCGAUUAUGGGUAUACCGUGCGGUCAUGUGGUAUGCAAGGCAUGUAAGGAGAGGGUGAUGGGUGGGGAGAAGGAUGAGGACGGGAAGGGUGGGGACGCUGUGAGGUGUUUUGUUUGCGAUGAGGAUUUGACAGAGGGCGGAGAGAGGAGAGAUGGAAAAAGUGGAACGAAGGUAAAGAAAGGUGAGAGCGGUGGAAAGGGGCAGAAAGGGGACGGUGGAUUGAGGCCGGGUACUGUGGUAUUGAAGAGUGAGGGAACGGGCUUUGCGGGAGGAGGGGAGAAUAUGGUGAAGAAGAUAGGGACGGCUUUCCAGUGCUAA